AUGCCACUGGGGAAUAAGUUCCGGCAUUUUGACGCAGAGACAGUGAAGAACAGCAAUGUAUUUCUAAGUCAGGAAGGCGAUAUCAGUGAUUAUAUUGCAAGUGCCAAGCAAAGAGCUGCUAUUGCAAAUCGCACAGCUGUGAAUGUGCAGAACACUCUGGUGCCUAUGAAAAAGAACCUCGAGCAAUGGCGAGAGAAAUAUGGCGGAGCACCUUCCGACAGUGAGGAAUUUAACAAAACUCUCCAAGAAGCAAAUAAAUCUGUGGCAGCUCUGAAUGAAACCAUCCCACUUCUCCUGGAUAAGUUAAAUAAACUGGAAGUCCGGAACCAGACGUCAAAUAUUUCUGCAAGCAUUGAUCGCAUUCGGGUAUUGAUCUCCCAGGCCAGAAAUGCUGCCAACAAGGUCAAGGUACCAAUGAAAUUCAAUGGCACUUCAGGUGUGCAGGUACGAUCGCCUAGCAACCCUGAUGACCUGAGGGCGUACACCUCUCUGACGUUCUACAUUCAAAGAGAACAAGCUCAGAAACGGAAGAGAAAGCAAGCCACGAGUUCCUUCAAUCAGUUUGUUCUGUACCUUGGCGGACAAAAUCCUCACGGGGAUUACAUGGGCGUUGCUAUGAAGAAUGGUAAACUGGUGUGGGUUUACAAACUGGGCAGCGAGGAGGCCACUCUGCAGGCAGACUCUGAUGUCAGCGGUGAUAGAUUUGACACCGUCAAGCUGGAGAGGAUAUUACAAUAUGGCCAAAUCUCAUACAGUAUUGAAAAAGGCACUGUCACUGAAACCAAAGGAAAUGGAUUUGCUAAAGGCAAUGCUGCCUUACUGAAUCUCAGCCCUGAGAAUGUUGUGUUUUAUGUUGGUGGCUACCCGUCUGAAUUCACUCCUCCUGAAACUUUGAAGUAUCCAAACUUUAAAGGGUGCAUUGAACUUGGAACCCUGAACGCACAGGUGAUCAGUCUGUACAACCUGGUCCAAACGUUUGAUCUGAACACCACAGCAGAUGAGCCCUGCAGGAGGUUCAAAUCUACUCAAGGCCCAGACAGUGACAGUGCUUACUUUGAUGGCACAGGUUAUGCUGAAAUCAAAAUGCCAGGUUCAUUUUCCUCUGUGUCUCGUUUCGAACAAGAGGUUCGCAUUGUUUCUUACUCUGGAAUCCUCUUCUUCAUGCAGGAAAAGGAAAAGUACCUCAGCCUGACCAUCGACAACGGAAAGCUUGUUCUGUUUGUUUACUUAAAUAACGAGCUCAAAAUUGAGCGCAACAGUGAAAGCCAAAACUUACUCAGCGAUGGAUUCCCACAUCAGAUCCAGAUAAUUAUGGUAUUUUCCAAAAGAAUGAAGAUUUACGUGCGUGUGGACCGGAAAACCGUUCUUUCUUCUGAACGAGAUGCCUUGCGUCCUUCGAUUUCAGCGUAUUAUCUCGGUGGUGUGCCUGUAGAGAAACUCCCAGACAAUCUGAGGAGCCAGUUCCCCACAGGUGGCUCUAUAAAAGGCUGUAUGCGCAGCGUGAAGGCUCUGGACAAAAAUUUAGAUCUGAAACGUGAAAAGACUAUUGGGAUCAGUUAUGGGUGUUCUACAAACUUGCUGGUGUCACGUUCCGCAGAUUUCAAAGGCCAGGGAUAUCUGAGCCUGAUCCCUCAGAAGGUCCCCAUGCUUCGCAACAACUUCAUUUCAGGAUUUGGCUUCCAGACCCAGCAGCGGAAUGCCCUGAUGUUUUACUACCCCUUGCCGGAAGGAAACUGUCAAGUAUCUCUGAAGCAGGGAUUAGUGACACUUAAGGUGUUUAAUACUGAAGUUAAAAGUCCAACUGAGUAUACAGAUGGGAGCCCACAUUAUGUCUCUUUCUCCAUCAUAAAUGAACAGAUUAAAAUGACCAUUGAUGAUCAGGAAGAGCAGGAGUCAAAAUUACCGAAGAGAAAACGACGCCAGUCUAGAGAGAUUGAGAAGGGGCAGGUCUACCUUGGUGGUGUGCCAGGGACUGAUCUCGAUGCCAACCUGACUGGUUGUAUCAGCAAUGUUUUCAUUUAUCGCGAGGACUCAAAUGAGCAAUCAGUUGUAGAUCUCCAGAAGCAUGAGGUAAUGGUUGGGGCAGAGUUAAACAGUUGCCCCAGUGAAAAGCCACCCCAGCAGAUCCGAUCGCACAAAAAGGAGAAAUCCAGACAGGCAAUAACCAAGCUUGAGAGCAAACAGCGACUUUCCGAAAGUUGCCAGUUGCCAAAACAGCCAGCUAUUGGUGAUGCUCAUUAUUUCAGGGGCUCCCAUCUCAGCCGUCUGGAGUACGACAAUAUCCCAGAUUCAUUCCAAAUGAGGUCUAGGUUUUCUUUGGAAGUUCUCUGUAAUUCAUCCCAUGGGAUGCUUUUCUACGUAUCCAAUGAAUUGGAAACUUCCUUCAUGGCUCUCUUGGUUUCCAAAGGCCGUUUUGUUUUCCUCUUUGAUAUCAAAGGGAAAAGAUUGAGAAUUCCAAGUAAAGAAAAGUGUACCGAUGGGAAGUGGCACACAAUAUUUUUCAGUAGAGACAGAAACCAAGGGCAGUUGGUGAUUGAUGGUCUCCGAGUGCAAAGCAGCACAAUUUCGGUCACAGCUCCUUUAGACGUCAGAGCUCCAUUCUAUGUGGGUGCUGUACCAAAAGGAAAAGCAAGGAGGAUUGCUCAGGGUAUUCCUGCUGCUAAAUUCAGUGGUUGUAUCCGAAAAUUCCAACUAGAUGGAAAGAUUAUGGAUCCUCCUUCACGUACAUAUGAUGUAGCACCAUGUUUUGAGCGAAAUUUGGAAAUGGGAACAUUUUUUUCAGUCGCAGAGGGCUAUUUAAUUAUAGAUGAGUCUUUUAAUUUGGGUAAAGAUUAUGAGCUAAUGCUUGAAGUGCGGCCCAGGAGUUUGUCAGGUGUACUUUUCCAUGUUGGUAGAAAACAAAGCCUUUACUUCAGUUUGUACAUUGAAAAUGGGAAGGUUAUAGCACAGUUAAAAAAUGGAGCUGGGGAAUUCUCUACGGUAGUCAUUCCACAACAGUCUGUGUGUGAUGGACAGUGGCAUCGCAUUGCAGGUAAGAGUUAAGCUUGCGCUUAUCAUCAGAUGGGCAGUCAGUGCAGUCCUGAGACUGUUUGUUUCAUUCAUUCUCUCAUACAUCUACAGGAUGGAGA